AUGGACAAUCAGGGUCCUCUUAGACCCUCAUCACCUGUAGCUGCUCAUGAAGUGGUAACUCCAAUCCAAAUUGAUGUUGGUGAGGGUGAUUUAGGGUUAGCAUUUACCUUAUACAAAUCAGCAGCACUUGAAUUUAGUAGGUCUAAAGGUUGGAAACAUAGUAAAGGGGCAUCAUCUUGUAGUAGAAAGCUUAACUUGGAUUGGGAAGGUGGUGAAAAAACAAUGGCAAGUGGUGAAGUUGAUAAAGGAGUCAAUGAAUUUUCAAAUAACAUCAACAUAGAUGAUGAGUUAAUGAGAAACUUUCAACCUUUUGAAGGGUUUGAAGACCACGAUAGCAUUCCAUUUAAUGGGUUUGAAGGACAAGAUAAUAUUCCUUUCAAUGAUGAGUUGAGACAAGAGGAGCCUGAUGACAUUGAGUUUGAGAAUCAAAAUAGUGAAGAUGAAGAUAGUGACUUUAUGAUUGAUGAGGACAACAUAAUUGAAGAUGUUGAAGUUGACAUGGAGGAUUUCAAUCUAAAUAUUGAUAUAGAAGUAGAGUUCAAUGGAUGUCAAAGUUUGGGUGGUCAAAGAAAUGAAGAUAGUGAUGAAGAAGAGGAUGUGGAGGUAAUUGAUAAUGACGAGUGGGAUUCACUAAGUGAGGACUCAGGGGACAACAGGAAAAGAAGAGGAAUGAUCAAAGAGCUGGGGAAACAAACAUUAUGUUCUGCUGGUGAGGUACACAAGGUAGCUUUUCAUAUUGGGCAAAAAUAUAAAGCCAAGAAAGAAUUGAAAGAUAAAGUUGACCUGCAUGCUUUAGAGACAAGGAGGAAUAUUUCAUUCACAAAAAAUGAAAAGAGUAGAUUAACAACUGUUUGUGAUGGUAUUGUAGUUUUAAAUGCAAGUGGGGUAGGUGGACCUACCUCUGGGAAAAAGGUAAAGGGUAAAGAUGUAAACCCAGAUAAAGUUAAAUGCACAUGGAAACUUCAUGCUUCUAGGUUAAGUGAACAGGACUAUUGGUUUAUUAAGACAUAUAAUCAGAAACAAAUCUGCCUCCAAACACGAAAAAUCAGAUCUUGCACAACCACAUUUAUUUCCAAACGUAUUAUGGAUCAGAUUGAAGCUAAUCCUGGACUACUUGUUCGUGCCCUACAAUAG